GAAAACGGCGACGACGACGAAAACGAGCAGCGCAAAUCCUGAGGAAGUCGAAGUUGUCCCAGUUGAUAGAAAUCUUCAGGAGCAAAUAAUUUCUCUGCUGAACGACUUCAACACAAACCGGGGUUGAGUAAAUCGAGGGCGUGUGCAGUGGCGAUGCCAGCCCAGCCUGCUCCGCGUGAAGCAGAGGAAGAGAUGGAGACGGAGCCUGACUCGGAGGUGCCUCAUGCUAACGGGGAGACGGAGGAGGAGAGGGAGCGGGAGGGAGGAGAGGCAGAAGAGACAAUGGAGGAGAGUGGAGAGGAGAGAGAGAGCGAUCUAGAGGAGACUGAAGCAGAGGAAGAGGAGGAGGAAGAAGAGGAGAGUUCAGAGAUUGAUGAUGAAGAUUGUGAAAGGAGGAGAAUGGAGUGUCUGGAUGAGAUGUCUGAUUUGGAGAAGCAGUUCCUGGAACUCAAAGAAAAGUUAUUUCGUGAGAGGUUGGACCAGGUGAAAGUGAAGCUGGACGAGGUGCUGACAGGAAAAGCAGGAGAGUACAGAGAGCCACUGGCCACUCUUCAGAAAAACAUGCAGCUACGCACUCAGGUAGCAGGUGUUUACAAAGAGCUGUGCCUUCAGGUGAUCAAACACAAGCAUGAGUGCGAGAUACAGGGCGCCAAACAACAUCUGGAGAGUGAGAGGAUCCUGCUGUUCGACACCAUGAAGAACGAGCUGCUGGAAAAGAUCCGCAGGCUAGAGGAGGACAAGCAGAGUGUAGACAUCACCUCAGAGUGGUGGAGUGAUGAAGUGAGGAUGAAGAAGUGUAAGAAGAGAACUCACCUAAGUCACCUAGAGAGGAAGAAAAAGCCAGCACUAGUGUCAGGACCCUACAUAGUGUACAUGCUGAGGGACAUUGACAUAUUGGAAGACUGGGCAGCCAUCAAGAAGGCUAAAGCAGCACUAAUCCCCUUGAAGAAGAAGUCAGACAGUCGUCAGUUGUCAGUGCGCUGUGAAGGAGGCACUCUGUUUUAUGAGGGAGAGAGAUUCUCAAAGGGCAACACUGUUCUAUUGGAAGUCAAUGAUGAAAGCCCAGCACAGGCUGUAAUAACAACAGUCAGUGCAGGGGAAGUGUGGUUCAAAAGGACAGAUGGCAGCAAAACCAAAAUCUACAUCUCACAGCUACAGAAAGGCAAAUACACAAUAAGGAAAGCCUAGAGUAAAAACACAAAAUGCAAAUGUGCACAGAGACCUGCCAUGCGCUGCAGGUGUAUAUGGGUCAAAGACCUGGUGUGUCUUUUUGGCAUUUUCUUCAUGUUAGUUUUUUCAAAAAUUACUAAUAUCCUUUAACAUCAUUCCAGUCUUAUUUUUCUAAUGAAAAAAAAAAAAGCCUUUAAAAGGAGAAUUGCAGUUCUAAACUGCAAAGUAGUGAUUCAGAUAAUGGUAGACAAGUUACAAAAUGGUAACAAAAUGUUAAAUAAAACAAAUAGUCACAAAAGUUGAAUUAACCUCUAAAGAAUAGUUUAUAUCUAUAAUUUCCCAUAUUUUUUUUUUAAGUUUCCCCUUUUUUUAAAAACCAUUUUGUCUUUGACCCAUGUACAGUAUAUUAACGCUGUUGCAACAUCAGUAAAUCCUGUCGAGUGCUUCUGCAGCGAUACACUGCUUGGUAAUUCCUGACAGAUUAACGGACAGACAGCUAGCCAUCAGAGCUUCAUCAGCGAACACAAUAUGGCACUGGAACGAGUGCUUCACUAACACAGAGGUUUCCGCUGAGCAGACGGCAUAACGGCAGCUUCUGUUCACCAGCACAAACAGCGUAUGGCGCAGCAACGGAAACUGCUGAAUCACUGUUCCCAAUUGCAGGCACACACCCACUGCUAAAAACAGCAAGACUGUAGACCAAACAGAGAUUGUGUAGAUGCUUAUAACCCAAUAUAUGCAUAUUCACCCUUAUCAUAUCAGAGUCUAUUGAACUGGAUUACCUAAAGCCCAAAGCAGAGCGUUCCAUGUAAACGUAAGCAUAUUACAUGCAUGGUAUGGCUCCAACAAUAAUCCUGUAAAGAAAUACACUAAAGAAUUUUUUUUUUUCAAAAGCCUCAAUGACUGCAUUCACACAUUGCUAUUUAGAUUAGUUAGGCUGCAGUCACACUGAAAAUUUGCACACAUGUGACCAAGGGGGGCUUGGAAGUAUGUUGACCGUUUUGAAUUAGUUUGUGUUAAGUUAGCUAACUUUGACGAAUGUGUCUCAGCUUUGUCAAUGUAAUUAAACUUUUUCCCCCCAAUGUAAUUAAACAUUAAAGCAAGUUUUGUACCAUCUAGGGUCUGUUCCCACCUCAUGCCCAAUGUUUUCAUGAUAGUUUUCAGGUAUGAUUCAAGCCUGACCAGGAGAGUGCAAUUACUGGAGAUAAAUCAUAUCCUACAUAUAUACAAAGCUUUGUGCUUGCCCAAGAUCGUUGCCACUGAGAGUAGCUUUUCAUAGCAUAAUUUUCAGCAUCCAGAUGUCCUGUGUACUAUGCAUAUUUCAGUCAGGUAGUUAGUCAGGUCUAGAAGUAAUGUGUCCAAUCUCAUGCCUUAGUGUUGUCCACUUUUGGACUCUCUACAGUGCUUUACAAAGUACUGCCUCCUUCAGAAAGUAACUGCAUUACAAGUGAAACAGUGAUUGAGCCAUGAUCUGAUUUCACAUGCAACAGUUCACCAAAGUUAACAUCAUGAAAAAGGUUAAGUGACUCCAUUUAUUUGCUUCGGAAGUGUUGAACUUGACUGAUUCCCACUGAAAUUCAGUUCUAAGAGCUAGUGGGACUGGGACUUAUUGCACGCCCUGGUGCUGUUUCUGGAACAACACCAGGUUUGUAGAUUAAUAGCGCCACGUUGCAAAAUGUCGCUUUAAUUGCACUUCAGAAGAGGUAGAUUUGUGGUGUAAAAGAUUUUUUGAGCUCAUUUUGAUAAGCCUUAAGUGCAGAGUAUUUAUAUGUUUGUAAGCUGAUUUGGAAACUGAGGGUGCUUAUAAAACUUAUUUAAAAGUGUUUAAUAUAAUUGUGUAUUUAUAACAAAAAAGGUUUAAUAAAAUCUGU